AUGUCGGGGGGCGGCGGGUCGCGCUACGCGGCGGAGUUCGUGCCCCCGCCCGAGUGCCCCGUGUUCGAGCCCAGCUGGGAGGAGUUUAGCGACCCGCUCGGCUUCAUCGGCCGGAUCCGCGGCCUGGCCGAGAAAACCGGCAUCUGCAAGAUCCGGCCCCCCAAGGACUGGCAGCCUCCAUUUGCAUGUGAAGUACAAAGUUUUCGUUUUACCCCACGAGUCCAGCGCUUGAAUGAACUGGAGGCAAUGACCAGAGUGAAACUGGACUUCUUGGAUCAGUUAGCAAAAUUUUGGGAACUUCAAGGUUCCACUUUAAAAAUUCCUGUGGUGGAGAGAAAAAUCUUGGAUCUGUAUUCUCUGAGCAAGAUUGUUGCCAGCAAAGGAGGCUUUGAGGUGGUCACUAAAGAGAAGAAAUGGUCCAAAGUAGCUAGUCGGCUAGGCUACCUGCCAGGAAAAGGCACUGGAUCACUGCUGAAGUCUCACUAUGAACGGAUACUGUACCCCUAUGAACUCUUCCAGUCUGGGGUUAGCCUUAUGGGCAUCCAAAAGCCAAACUUGGACCUUAAGGAAAAAGUGGAGGCAGAGGACCUCGGCUCUGAUGCCCAGGCUUCCCCAAAGCAGGGCACAAGAAUGAACGUUGUGCUGAAGAGAACCAGACGCAUCAAAUCCCAGGCAGAGGCAGGAGAGAUGAGUAGAAAUACUGAGCUGAAGAAGCUGCAGAUCUUCGGAGCUGGACCCAAGAUGGUGGGACUGGCAUUGGGAGCAAAGGAUAAAGAAGACGAGGUCUCUCGAAGACGCAAAGGCACCAAGUCAGAAGCAUUUGGCAUGCAGAUGAGGCAGCGCAAAGGGACAAUUUCUGUCAACUUUGUUGAUCUGUAUGUUUGCUUGUUUUGUGGCCGGGGAAACAAUGAGGACAAACUGCUACUGUGUGAUGGAUGUGAUGAUAGCUACCACACUUUUUGCUUGAUUCCCCCUUUGCCUGAUGUGCCCAAGGGUGACUGGAGAUGCCCAAAAUGUGUUGCUGAGGAAUGUAACAAACCGCGUGAGGCCUUUGGAUUUGAGCAGGCUGUCAGGGAGUACACCCUCCAGAGCUUUGGAGAGAUGGCAGAUAACUUCAAAUCUGAUUAUUUCAACAUGCCAGUCCACAUGGUUCCCACUGAGCUGGUGGAGAAGGAGUUCUGGCGACUGGUGAGCAGCAUUGAGGAGGAUGUCAUUGUGGAAUACGGGGCUGAUAUCUCAUCCAAGGACUUUGGAAGUGGUUUCCCUGUGAAGGAUGGCCGUCGAAAGAUGAUGCCAGAAGAGGAGGAGUAUGCACUUUCUGGUUGGAACCUGAAUAACAUGCCAGUGUUGGAACAGUCAGUCCUCGCUCAUAUCAAUGCAGAUAUCUCUGGCAUGAAGGUGCCCUGGCUGUACGUAGGGAUGUGCUUCUCCUCUUUCUGCUGGCACAUUGAGGACCACUGGAGCUAUUCCAUCAAUUACCUGCACUGGGGAGAGCCGAAGACCUGGUAUGGAGUGCCCUCUCAUGCAGCAGAACAACUGGAGGAGGUGAUGAGAGAGUUGGCUCCUGAACUGUUUGAGUCACAGCCUGAUCUCCUGCAUCAGCUUGUCACCAUCAUGAACCCCAAUGUGCUGAUGGAACAUGGUGUGCCUGUGUACAGGACCAAUCAGUGCGCUGGUGAGUUUGUUGUGACUUUUCCUCGUGCCUAUCACUCCGGAUUUAACCAGGGCUACAACUUUGCUGAGGCCGUGAACUUCUGCACUGCAGACUGGCUUCCCAUUGGACGUCAGUGUGUGAAUCAUUACCGACGGCUAAGGCGUCAUUGCGUCUUCUCCCAUGAGGAGCUGAUCUUCAAGAUGGCUGCAGAUCCAGAGUGUUUGGAUGUGGGGCUUGCUGCCAUGGUCUGCAAGGAAAUGACUCUCAUGACAGAGGAGGAAACGCGCUUAAGGGAUUCAGUUGUGCAGAUGGGAGUGCUGAUGUCAGAAGAGGAGGUGUUUGAACUGGUUCCAGAUGAUGAGCGUCAGUGUGCAGCCUGCAGGACCACGUGCUUCUUGUCUGCUCUUACUUGCUCUUGUAAUCCUGAGCGGCUCGUAUGCCUGUAUCAUCCGACUGACUUGUGUCCCUGUCCCAUGCAGAAAAAGUGUCUCAGGUACCGGUAUCCAUUAGAGGACCUCCCUUCUCUUCUGUAUGGAGUGAAAGUUAGAGCACAGUCCUACGACACUUGGGUCAGUAGAGUUACAGAGGCACUGGCUGCCAACCUCAACCACAAGAAAGAUGUGAUUGAGUUGAGAGUGAUGUUGGAGGAUGCUGAAGACAGGAAGUAUCCGGAGAAUGAUCUCUUCCGCAGGCUCAGAGAUGCUGUGAAAGAGGCAGAGACCUGUGCUUCGGUGGCACAGCUGCUUCUGAGCAAAAAGCAAAAACACAGGCUGAGCCCAGAUAGCGGGAGGACUCGGACCAAGCUGACGGUGGAGGAGCUGAAAGCAUUUGUCCAACAGCUAUUCAGCCUUCCAUGUGUCAUUAGCCAGGCCCGACAAGUAAAGAAUCUUUUGGAUGAUGUGGAGGAGUUUCACGAGCGUGCUCAAGAAGCCAUGAUGGAUGAGAUUCCAGACUCUUCCAAGCUGCAAAUGUUGAUAGACAUGGGCUCUGGCCUCUAUGUGGAACUUCCGGAACUGCCCCGGCUGAAGCAAGAGCUGCAGCAGGCACGUUGGCUGGAUGAGGUGAGGUUGACUCUCUCGGACCCUCAGAGGGUCACUCUGGAUGUGAUGAAGAAGCUGAUUGACUCAGGUGUGGGGCUGGCACCACAUCAUGCUGUAGAAAAGGCCAUGGCUGAGCUGCAGGAGCUACUUACAGUGUCCGAGAGAUGGGAAGAGAAGGCCAAGGUCUGCCUGCAGGCAAGACCACGACAAAGUAUGAUGGCCCUGGAAAGCAUUGUGAAUGAAGCAAAGAACAUCCCAGCUUACCUGCCCAAUGUAUUGGCACUGAGAGAAGCCCUGCAACGAGCUAGAGACUGGACAGCCAAAGUGGAGGCCAUUCAGAACUGUAGCAACUACGCCUAUCUGGAGCAGCUGGAGAGCUUGUCUGCAAAAGGCCGUCCGAUACCAGUACGUCUUGAUGCCCUGCCACAGGUGGAGUCACAGGUUGCAGCAGCCCGUGCCUGGAGGGAGCGCACGGCAAGGACUUUCUUGAAGAAGAACUCAAGCUACACCCUGUUACAGGUUCUGAGCCCCCGGAAUGAUAUUGGGAUUUAUGGAAGCAGUAAGAAUAGACGGAAGAGGGUGAAGGAGUUAAUGGAGAAGGACAAAGACCUUGAUCUGGAAUCCCUGAGUGAACUGGAGGAUGGUCUGGAGGAAGCCAGGGACACUGCAUCUGUGGUGGCUGUAUUCAAGGACCGGGAGCAGAAGGAGAUCGAAGCCAUGCACGCCCUCAGGGCAGCUAACCUGGCUAAGAUGACCAUGGUGGACCAUAUAGAGGAAGUCAAGUUCUGCAUCUGUCGCAAAACGGCUAGUGGGUUCAUGCUACAGUGUGAGCUCUGCAAAGAUUGGUUUCAUAGCAGCUGUGUGCCCCUCCCCAAAACCAGUUCCCAGAAGAAGGGCUCCAGUUGGCAGGCCAAAGAAGUCAAAUUCCUGUGUCCACUCUGCAUGCGUUCUCGAAGGCCCCGACUUGAAACCAUCUUGUCUCUGCUGGUAUCCCUGCAGAAGCUACCUGUCCGGCUGCCUGAGGGGGAGGCAUUGCAGUGCCUGACCGAACGUGCCAUGAGCUGGCAGGACCGAGCACGGCAGGCUCUGGCCACUGAUGAACUGUCCUCUGCUUUGGCCAAGCUUUCUGUUCUCAGCCAGCGCAUGGUGGAGCAGGCAGCUAGGGAGAAAACAGAGAAGAUAAUCAGUGCAGAACUACAGAAAGCAGCAGCUAACCCUGACCUACAGGGUCACCUGACUAGUUUCCAGCAAUCAGCUUUUAACCGUGUGAUAGGGAGUGUGUCAUCAUCCCCACGGCAGACCAUGGACUAUGAUGAUGAAGAAACAGAUUCUGAUGAAGACAUCAGGGAGACAUAUGGAUAUGAUAUAAAGGAUAAUGCCAGUGUGAAAUCUUCAAGCAGCCUGGAACCCAACCUGUUCUGUGAUGAAGAGAUCCCCAUCAAAUCAGAGGAAGUGGUGACACACAUGUGGACAGCUCCCUCGUUCUGUGCUGAACAUGCAUAUUCAUCUGCUUCCAAAAGCUGUCCUCAAGGUCCUAGCACCCCAAGGAAGCAGCCCCGGAAAAGUCCCUUGGUGCCUCGCAGUUUGGAACCUCCGGUGCUAGAGCUGUCACCUGGUGCCAAAUCUCAACUAGAAGAUCUAAUGAUGAUAGGAGAUCUACUGGAGGUAUCUUUGGAUGAGACCCAACAUAUUUGGCGGAUUUUACAGGCCACGCAUCCACCCUGUGAAGACAGAUUCCUUCACAUCAUGGAGGAUGACAGCCUGGAUGAGAAACCAUUGAAAAUGAGAGCGAGAGAUUCUUCUGAACGGAAACGGAAGCGGAAACUGGAGAGGGUAGAGCAGUUCUUUGGAGAAGUGAAGCAGAAGUCUAAAGAGCUGAAGAAACUAGAGAAACCCAAAAAGAAAAAGUUGAAACUAACCUUGGACAAGACAAAGGAGUUGAAUAAGUUGGCCAAGAAGCUGGCCAAAGAAGAGGAGCGGAAGAAAAAGCGAGAGAAGGCAGCUGCAGCAAAAGUGGAGCUGGCAAAGGAGAGCACAGAGAAAAAGAGAGAGAAAAAGGUGCUGGAUAUCCCAUCUAAGUAUGAUUGGUCAGGAGCUGAGGAGUCUGAUGAUGAGAAUGCUGUGUGUGCUGCACAGAACUGCCAAAGGCCCUGCAAGGAUAAGGUAGAUUGGGUGCAGUGUGAUGGUGGCUGUGACGAGUGGUUUCAUCAAGUUUGUGUUGGCGUCUCUCCAGAAAUGGCAGAGAAUGAGGAUUACAUCUGUAUGAACUGCGCAAAGAAACCGAUGCAGGGCCCAAGUAGUCCAGCUCAUGCACCACCUCCCCCGUUCUUACUGAGCUACAAGCUACCAAUGGAAGAUCUCAAGGAGACAAGUUAGCAGCUACUCAGUCUCUCUGGGACUUGGGGAAAAUGGACCACCGAGACCCUACUGAAAGAGGGUGUUCGAAGCUAAUGUAGCC